AUGGACAUUUCAACCAAGACCAACUCUCCCCGUUUCAAGGAGAAGACGCUGGCUCAACAGAUCAAUUCAGAAGACCCGUCGCCGGUUAAAACUCUGAACCUGUAUAAGCGCAUAUGGCCCGGAAAGAAGUGUCUCUUCGCACCAUCCGGGGGCGAGCCAGCACAGUACUUCAUCAAGAACCCGGUACCGCACAAGCACGCAAGCCAGUGGAAGCCUGUGUUUUAUCGCGGCGAUAAUCCUAAAUACGAUCAGGACUCCAUUGCCAUUUCCCGUGGUUUCCGCACGGGCUUCUGGAACUCGUUUCGUUUUGAACAUGGAGAUGGCGUGGACAUGGUGUUGAAGAACAAGCGGAGGGUCUCGGCGCGCAAAUCGCACAGGCGCAAGACCAAGAUGCGAGGUUGGUUUGGCAAGCCGGAAAAGCCGCCCAAGAAGCCCCUCGAAGACGAGGAGGAGGUCGAGGGGUUGGUCAUGGAGUUUAGGAUGCACCGGCCGCGCUUCAUCACCCGCACCCUGUCCUUCGAGCUGAAUGGUGAGAAGUAUCGAUGGAGUGGGACGAGGAGGUUUCUCCCUAACUGGGCGAAGCGAUUUAAAGGAAUCUCGCAUGACUUCAAACUCGUCAACUCCAAGAACCAGCUCGUUGCGACUUUUGAAAAGGACCGGUGGGCGAUAUUCAAGCCAUCUGAGAAGUGGCCGGAUACAGCAAACAAGAGAAAACACUACAUUGGUACUCUGACUAUGUAUGCGGUGAAUCGUGUUGAUGGCAACACCCCGGAAGAAGAAUUAGUCGACGAAAGCCCAUCGCCAGAAAUAAUGAGCGAGAACAGCGGAGAGAAGUCGAAGAAGAAGACCAAAAAGCCCAACAAAAACCUGAACCCCGGUGGACACCACGCGGGAAAUCUCACCGAAGAGGCUAUUGUAUUCACGUGCUGGGCGGCGGUAGAGGCGGAACAUCGCCUUCGGCACAAACUUGAGGAUCUUGCUGAGGAAAUUGGAGAGAUUGCAGGAGGCUGA